AUGAGGUCACUUGACACUCCUGCUGCGACAGGUAUACCAUUGAAGUAUGACAAAGAAAGAGUCAAUCUCAACAAAGUCCAUAUCAACACAGACCUGGUCAACAGGAAGUCGGGCACCAGACCAGCAGGGGAGGGGAGACUGAAGAAGUACGAGGGCACAUGCAGUACUGACACACACGCCCCCACCACCCCCCACCCCAUGGAUGGUUGUCCCCAGUACUGGGAGGUAGAGAACAGGGUCUAUCUGGACAAACCACUCACAGAGAACGGGUUCCUCAUCCUGGAGGUUGGAGUAUGUAGGGAGGAGCAGAGGGACGUGAGUCAUGAUAUAGGUGGCCGUCCUUACUCCUACUGUAUGAGCGUCGUCCACUGUACUACACAUGGCGGGAUAUGCAGGGAGAUAUGGAGGGUGGGGAAGUAUGUGCUGUGUCUCCUCGACACUCUCCCCAACACAGCAGGGACAUCACACACACUACAUUACGGUGUUGUCUAUGAUGACGCCAGGAAGAAGAUUGUCUUCAUUGAUGUGAAGGAGAAGAAAGUCAUGUCGACGUUAGACAAUGUAGACUGUAGUGAACCACUGUGGCCGAUGUUCGGGGUGUAUAACCCAGGUGAUGUCACAGUCAGCAUGAGAUUUGUAGUGGGCAGCGACAUCAACAUGGCGGAGGAGAAGACAGCGAUGAUUGUCAUGGCGCUGUCGUGAUGUCAUAGCGUGAAA